GUUAAGGCUUACACUGCCUCCUCAAAGGCAACACUAAAGUUUCUAUCAUUUCAACGGCGAAUCGUUGAUGGUUGAAAUACCUAGUUUCAGAGUGGGUUAUGUUCAGUCACUUAACUUAAUAUAAUAUAUUUUUCUUUUCCUUUUUGGUCUAGUUAAUCACGACUUUAGUAUCUUGUGUUGUUUUAACCCUUGAUGUUUUAGCGCGGGUAGAUUUCCCAAAGUGAAAGUCCACGCGGCUCUCUCCACGUAGGACUUUGGGCAUCUUACAUAUUGCUCGCUGUCGCUUGUUUAGGCAGCCGUUUAAGUUUCUCUUUCCACCCCAACACAGUUGUUGAGGAUGGUUAAUGUGUAGUCUUACCAUAUCAAGGCAAUUUUGUUCUAUAUAUCUUUAUACACGAUUUCUAGGUGCCUAAUCGCACGAUGCUUGGCCACCUAAAGGCCCGGUGGCUAUUAGCACCGCUGCUUGCCGCUACUCUCUCGACCGGACAAGAGGUCAAGGGGCCACAUGCUUUGAUCAACCUCGAUAUCAAUUCCACUUCAGAUGAAAUCAAUCAUCACGACACUAUUCUACGUCUUGAUAUUCUUGAGUCCAAGUCUCCAUGCGGUUACGGAAAUGUGACCCUUAACGGUCAAUUGCUUGCGCAAGAUGGAAAUGGAGCUGGAUCUGGGCCUGUCAUAUCUGAUAAUGGCAUUACCAUUUUCGCCAACUGGUCCUUUAGUUGCGUACAUCUCGACGACGAGUUCCAGGGCCAGUUGAUGACCUUUGAUGCCAUCUCUGUAGAUGAAGAAGAGGUUCACGAUGUUAGGUUUUCUGUCCAAUUCCAACAGAUGGCACCGCCUUCCAUUUCCUUCAUUAACGGCACGGUAUCUAUUACUGAGGCUCAUAUCCCGACCCCGGUUACGGAAGAGAAAUUGACUAAGGAAACUUCGACGCUGGAUGACGAGCUGGCUGACUUGAAGUCGAUGAUGCGGCAACUUGUGGCACUUGAGGAAGCUAUUGCUUCCAAGGUACAAUAUAUCUCCGACACUUACGAUGUCAACAGCCACGAAGAAUUGCAUUCUGUUUGGAGGUGUGACAGCCUGAAAUGCGUUGUGAAAACAAUGUAUCGGCGUGCAAAGCACAUGGCUAGUAGACUUUAUGGGCAUGGGAUUGAAGGCAACGGCCAUUUUGGAGGUCGACCGCACAGCCCCGGCUGGCGAUUUCAUCAUGGUCAUCGCCCUGACUGGUUUCCCCACGAUGGCGCUCAUGGAAACCACUCGCAUCCACACCCGCGACCUCAUCCUCAUCCUCCUCAUCAUGAGCCUCCCCAUUUUCACCUGCCGCCUUCAUUCUGUCACUGCGCACCUCCACCCCCACCCCCACCCCACGAGUCCUACGACGAGCAACCCCCACGGUUUCAUCCGCCACCAAGUCAUCAAAUCCUAGAGGAUGGCAUGGAUCAAGAAAACCUCGCAUUAGUCGCUGGAUCUAUUGAUGACAUUGUAAGUUCUGUGGGAAGAUCUUAGUAUGAAGUACAAUAUUGAUUUUCUUUAGCGACCAACUAGGAAAUUUGGCGAUGACAAAGCCGAAGCAUCGCCACAUACUGUUGGCGAUGGUAGCGCUAUACCUCCACCAAUGUCAGAUCACCAUCAUCGACCGCCAC